CAACGGGAAUUUUUUUUUUUUAUAUCUUCCGGGUGACGUCAUAAUACCUAGGUACCUAGUCUUCUUUGCGACCACAAAUACAUGUAGAAUAUUUUAGAUAUUGUACCUAUAAUUUAUUUAACCAGAUAAUUUGUACCUAAUUAUUAUCAGUAAUAAGUACCUACAUAUUUAUAUCUUUUGACCCAUUAUAGGUAACAGUUUAGACUUGUAACAAGACCGUAGUUUAGACUGUAGACUUAUUGAACUAUCUGCAUUUGUUUAUUUUUCAUGAAUGGUAUAAAUGGCUAUUGGCCUUAUAAUCUAUUUAAUUAAAAUAUAAUAUAUUUAUAUCAUACAUGAAACAAAAUUGUUGAUUUAAGGAAUGCAAGAUACCUCGAAUGUAAAUCUUAAUAUUUUAAAUUAUAACUAUUAUUAUUGUUUGAGAACGGCGGGUCACGGAUGUAUGCUUGGAUGUUGUGGGGGAUUGUGUCAAGUGGAAAUUUUGGAUGAGGAUGAGUGGGUGACCUACCCCAAAUUGUUGGGAAAAUAGUAAUGUCGGAAUAAAGACGGAGAAGAAGAAAAUCAUUAUUAUAUUUUAAAAAUAUAUAUUAUUAUUACUCUGAGUUUGGUAACAAUCUAAAUAGUGAAUAUUUACUGAUAAAAAUGAUAAGGAACUGAUAAACAAAUUUAUAAAACUAAUUAUGAGUUAAAUAUUUCUAUGUAAUAUUUAUUACUUGGUCAUUUUUAAAUUCAAUGGAUUUGUAACGUAACAAAAAUUUUUCUAUUAGUUACUAUUUUGACUUAAAAUGUCGAAAACAAAUAAACAAAACGUAUCAGACAAAAGUAAGUAAAACGACUCAUGUGUUUUAAUAUUAUUAAAAAUAAAUUAUUAAAGCUUUAGUUAUAAUUUUCAUAAUACUAUAGACAAGUAUUUUUAUUUUUUUUAUGAAAGGUAAAUUUCACAAAAAUUUUGAUAAGACCGUGUCUUAUAUAACAGAACAGUUGUAUGAGACUGACAAUUAAAUAUGAUACAGAAUGCUGGACAGUAAACUAAUAUUUCGUACAUAAGAUACCAUAAUAUUUAGAAUGAAAUCAUUAACAAUCAAUUGUUCAUUUUAUUUAACAAUAAUUAUUUUCUAAAUUAAAUUAUACACGUAAUCAUAUUUCCAUAAUGUAAAAGAUUAUUACAAAUCCUAUAUAAACAAAUAAAAAAACAAAAUAAAAAGGCUGAUACUACUGGUAGUUGUGCCACUGAUUUAGAAUGGAAGUUGGAAGGAAGGAUAGAUAAACUAAUUUAAUUUAAUAUCUAAAUGAAAUAAAUGUAAACAAACUGUUGCCAAAAAAUAAUUAUGAACAAGGUACCUAUUAUUAGUCAUGUGUGUUUCCCAUGUUGCAAAGAUAACUUAUAAAAAAAAUUGUACAUUAAAUAUCCAGUUUUUCCUAUUUAUUAAGAAAAAUAUAAAAAAAAACCUCCCUGAUGUACUAAUCAGAUCAAAAAUACUAUUACUAGGAAGUUUCUUUAAAGUUAUUGAUUGGAUAAAGAUUUAUAGUAGAACAUCAGUUGUUAACACACAAAAAACAAAACAAACAAAAUGAAAACAAUACAAUUUUCGGUUUUUUCAGAAUUUAAAAAAAUAUUAUACAAUUUUUCUUAAUACUUUAUUCUAGAAUUUAUUGAUAAUUAUUAAUAAUAUAACAGUAUUUAACCAUUUGAUUUGUUUUUCUUUUCUUUUUUUUUACAGUGCCCAAAAAAAAAGUGAUAUCACAAAAAGACUAUUUAAAAAAAUAUCUGUCUGGUGAAAAAAAGAAAAAAGAAAAAACUAAAAUUCAAAGAAGGUACUUAUUUUUAAUUUUAAUUUUUAUCAGUGCAUAAAAACUGUUGUAGUGAUGUAUAUUUUUAUUAUUUCUGUGUAAGAAAUUAAUAUAAAUAAUAUAUGUAAUAUGUAUUUGUAAUUUUGUUAUAGAGUGCAAAUUAUUGACGACAAUAUUGAUUGUGUUGAAAACAAUGAUAUCUAUAAUGAUAAUAACACUGUGGGAUUUGAUCCAGUUGAUGAAUUUGCUCCACAAAUUGUUGGGGUUGUUGAUGAGAGACCCCAAGACGUUAAAACUUUGGAUAUGUAUAAAAAUAAAAACCGAUGGAAACGAGUUGGUGGAGACAGUGACAAUGAAGAUUCUUCAGUAAUCAAUGUUGAUCAAGUUAAAAAUUAUGUUCAACAGAUCAAUAGCUCUACAUUAAAAGAUUUAAUAAAAAAGGUAGUAGUUGAUAAGUUAAAUAUUCAAGAUCAAUUUUUUAAGUAUGUUUACUCGAGUAAAUAAUUAUUUAUUAAUUUUAGUGCCAUUUUUAUUUGAAUGAAUAGUCUAGAACAUCUUAAAAUUAAUUUAUUAUUGAAUGGGUGUAAUAAUUGGUCCUUAGUGUCAAACCUAUUAUAUAGAGUGUAACAGGACUAUUAAACAAAUGAAAUAAUUACUGUCUCUAUUUUUUUUUAAAUUUUACAUUGAUUUUACAAUUUAUUUUUUUUUCUGUGAACAACUUUUCUACUAGAAAUUUUGCUCCAAUUGUCAAGUGUAGCAAUUUUUCUGAAAGAAAAUUUGACUGAAAAAGUACUUUAGAAAGUUCAUUUUUUGAUUUGCUUAGGGGUUUUUAUAAUUUUUUUUUUUUAUUUUUAUUUAAGUAUUGUACAAUCUGUAAAAUAAUAUUUAAAAUAAGCACAAGUGAAAGGAGCAGUUUAUGAGCAUCAAGUCAGUAGGCGUGAGCGAAGAAGCCAAUCAUUAUUGGUACUUCAGUAUGUGUUUUGGUGAUGGUUAAUCAACUAAUAAGUCCCGACAACACGUUCGCUUUAGACACCUUCUGGGGUCCCCAUGGAUAUUGUGGGUGGAGAGUUUAGCUAUUAGUGGAUUCCUAUGGUUGUGGGUACUGGAAUGGAAAUGUUUGUAGAUGAUUUUGACUGUGUUUAUAACUGUUUGUAUGCAAAGGUCUUUAUGGAAAGUAUCAUUGGUGACAUAUUAUUGAGCUUGUGUUAUUUGCAGAAAACAAUUGUAUUUUAUUGAUAUUAGUGGGCUUAGCAGCCACCCUAAGUUAUAAGUCCAUAUAGGUUUUGAGAAGCAUUUUGUAAAUGAGAUAUUUAAUUUUUGAAAUUAGGAUGUUUUGAUGUAAGAAGGUAGCAUAUUGGCGUAGCUGUUAUUUAAGGUGAGGCACUUGAGGUGAAUGUAUUUUGCCCAGGUUAGUCUAGGUGCAGACCCAGAUAGCGGACAUUUAGAGUAGUUGGUAGGGGGACAUUGUUGAGGUAUAUGUGAGGGCAGUCUGUUCGUUUUAGUGUGAAUGUGUACUGGAUAGAUUUUGUUUCAUUAACUUUGAUACCCCAUUCUUUGUAUCAGAUGGAUAGCAAAUUAAGAGAAUUUUGGAUGAGGUUUGAAGCUGUCUUAAGGUCAGAGUGAAUGGCUAGAAGAGUUUUAUCAUCAGCGAAAAAGCCAGUGAAAGUUUGGAGCAUAGUGGAUUGAUCAGAGGUAAAAAGAUUAAAUAAUAAGAGUACUGUGAAAGCUCCUUGGGGAACUCCAGCAUUAAUUGAUGAUAUUUCAAACAUGGACGAUCCUGAUAUUAUGGAGAAAUGUCUGUUUUCUAAAUAGGAUUUGAAUAAUAGGUUAGGUUAGGUUACCGAACCAUACUAAGCAUACUAUUGUAUAAGGAGAGGAUAGAUUUUAGUUUGAAGUGGAGGCCUUUGUGCUAGACUUUAUAAAAGCCUGUGCUACAUCUAGAAAGGCACCAAUGCAUAUCAGUUUUUUUCUAGUGUGUAAGCGAUUUUGUCAACUAGAUGAUGGACUUGAUGUAUAGUUGAGUGGUUGUGACUAAAACCAUAUUGAGUGUUAAGGAGGUUAGCUUCAAUGGUAAGUAAGAUAUGUUUUAAGAUAAGUUUUUUGAAUAUCUUUGAAAAAUUGGGGAGAAGACUAAUGGGCUUGUAUGAGUCUGGAAAGUCAAGAGAUUUUCCUGGUUUGGGAAUCAUGAUGAUCACAGAAAAUUUCCAGAGAAAUGGAAAGUGUGCAUGUACUUAUUUAAAUGUGUCAGGAAGAAUAGUGAUUUUUUAGGCAGUUGUGCUAUUUUUGCUGCUAUUAAAUCGUAACCUGGGGUUUUUCAGCGAAUAGAGUUGCAUAAAGAUGAAUAUCACAUGCUCGAAUUCACUUGGUCAAACAGGUUUUGGUAGUAGUGUCACAGGUAAUGAGAAUGGUAAGAAAUGGUCUACUUUUUGAGUUUGAUUUGGGCAUAGGUUAUUGUUGUGUGGUUGGAAGGUCGCUGUUAGAUGUUAGGAAUUUAGGUUGUUUUUUUCCAGGUCACUGACUGCCCAAGUUCCGUUUAGAUUUUUUAGAGGAGUUACAGUUGGCUGGGAUCGGAGAAUUAUCUUUGUGGUUUGCCAGAGUGAGUUAUCACUGGUUGAUAAGGAUAUGAAGUAUCUAUUAAUGUUUUCUGAUUUAAUUAAGGCUAGAAGCCUUUUGAGUAUAUUUUUUAAAUUGAGGAAUUUUUGUUUAUCAAAAAGGUACUUUAUUCUUUGCCAAGUAUUGUGGGCUCUUCGUUUUUUGAAUUUUAGAAUUCUAAUAUGUAGAGGGAGAUUUCUAUUGUGACUUGUUUGGGGGUUGGAGGUGGAGCAUGACCAAUCAGUUUCUUGUAUUGAUUUGGUUAGGAGAUUUACAGCUUCAUCUAUAUCAUCUGAAAAUUUUAAGCUAACUUAUAGAUUAGUCUAAUUUUCAAGAGUUUUAAACAUGUUCCAAUCCAUUCAGCCUUGCAUGAGGCUAGGUUGUUUUUGUUUGAUUAGUAGAAUAGUAUCAAUAGUUAAUUGGGCACAAGAGUGGUUAAAGCAGAGGUUGUUUAAAUUAGUUCUCAAAGUAUGUAGACUGUUCAGGAUUUUGGAUAUAAAUGAGUCAAUGAGUUUGGUUUUUUUCUGGAAGAGGUGGGCUAAUAGAUUGGCGAUGGAGAAGCAUGAGUUUUAUAAUUUUUGGAUUGAGAUAAUUAUUUGAGGGUUGUUUGUGUGUGUUUUUCAUAUUUAUGUCACCUCCUAUUAUGAAUUUCUAUCCUAGUGUAAGAAAGAAGUUAUUAAAUUGGUUUAGGGUUAUAGUAUGAUGUGGAGGACAGUAACUGCAUAGAUAUUUAUGGGUAUGCUGUUUAGUGUUAGAGAUAUACCGGCAGGUUGAAUAUGAUCUAUUUCAUAUUGUGGUAGGGGGUAGUAUAAUAAUGAGGACCUGAUUUAAACUGUGGCUCCAGCAUGUACUGUGUCAUCCACGUGGUUGGUUCUGAAGAUUUAGAAGCCAAGUGGAUUAAAACGUGAGGAAUUGGUAAAAUGGGUUUCUGAGAUAAAUACGAUGUCAAUUCUCUUAUUUUAUAGUGUAGCUAAUAAUUUGUUUUUGUGUUUCGUUAGGCUAUUUGAGUUCCAUGUGAGGAUGAGGAGAGAUUUUGAAGUGGUAGGAUUAGUUGAUAUUAUGGGGACUUAUGAUUGAUUUAAAUUCAUCUAGAAAUUUAAUAAUUGAUAUUUUGUUAUUGUCUGUAGAAGAAUGAUUUGUGUUAGGAGGUGGGUGACCUUCAGUUACAUUAGCAUAUGAACAUGAAUUUUUGGAGUUUUCCGUGGCAGGUUGUUGUUGAUGGUGUUCAGGAUUGAAGUUUGGGUUUGGUGGCGGAAAUUAUAGAUGUUUUUUGCUUGAGAUGUUGUGUUUUCAGCUUAGUUGUUUGUAUAUUGUACAUCCUUUGUAGUUGGCUGAGUGAGAUCCAUUGCAGAAGGUACAUUUGGCUAGAAAGUCUAAUAAUUUUGUGUAGGUGAAAGAAGGGUAGUUACCCCCACAUUUGACAAACAUGGGCCGAUAUAUGCAGUAUGUACAGGUAUGGCCAUAGGUUUGGCAGUUUUGACACUGUGGGAUUAGUUGCUUUUAUGAGGUUCUUUGAUUUUAAUUUUCGUGUUUAGAAGGAAAAAGAUAUCAAAGAUGUCACUGUUUUUUCCAUUAAGGUCAAUGUCGACAAAGAAAAGGGAUAGAGAAAUUUGUAUGUGAAUGAAAAUUAUAUGUUGAUAUUUAACAUUAAUGAAGUUUUUCAUAGAGUAACCUAUUUCUUUUAGUACUGAGGCGAUGUAAUUUAAUAAUAAUAAUGUUUAUAGUAAUCUUUAUUUAUUGUGGCGGAUGGGUGUAAGUUUCUGAUAACAACUCGUAAGGGUUUAUCAGAUUGAAGUUAGAUACUUUUUAGAAAAUGGAUAGUGUUUUUGUAGUUGUCUGGGGUUUUUUUUUUAAUUUUAAGAUAAAUCGAGGUAGAUUUGCAAAAGAAAGUGUCUGGUCCCAUAAUUUCAAUAUUGUUUUGUACACCAAUAAAGUCAAGAACUCCUUUAACAAAUAUGGGUAAUGGAUAAAUAUGAGAGAAUAACAAUUUGGUGUGAUAAAUAAUUUUGCUUUCUUUGUAUUUAUGUCAGACAGUGUUGAUGGUGGUGAAGAGAAAGAAGAGAAAUCGUGUUUGUUUUUGUUAAUUUAGGUUUUAUUUUUGUUUUUUUUGUUUUUUCGUUAUUAUUAUUGUUGAAGAGUGAUAGAAUUGAACAUAACUUGGGAGUGGAGUAGAAUGUGUGUGCACUACUGGACUGGCUGUGUGGGAAUCUUUUUCAUAAUAAAUUGGAAAAACCUGGAAAAUUUACAAAAUGUAUUGUUUUCCAAUAGUUAAUAUUAAUGAUAAUAUGGUUUAUUAAUUUUAUUGUUAUUAAAUAUUUUUAGAACGAUAAAGAAGAAAUAAUGGAAAAUGGUGUACCAAUAAGACGUGAUCGAAAAACUUUUAAAAAACGCAAUCUUAUACAAGAAAAAGAAGAAGAACAGAAGAAAGAAGAACUAUUGAAACAACAUAAAGAAAAAUAUGCUAUUUGGGGCAAAGGGUAAGAGUUUUAUUAUAUUAAUAAUAAUAAUAUUGAUUUUAUAAUAUACUAUAUUAUGAAUUCAAUGAUAACAGUUAUAGUUAUAAUUAUAAUAUAUUAUAGAUUAUAAUUUAGUGAAGAUUUACUAAUUUAAAAUUUUUGUGGUGAUCAUUUUAACAAUUAUAGAUGUUGUUUAACUACUCUUAAACUCAGCUGUUGACCAAUCCGUUGAAGAAGAAGGUGAUCAAUCAGAUUGCUUUAUCAGCAAUCUAUUUUGUGGUUGUCAUAGUGUUUAACCAGAUGGAUGUGAUAAACAUUUUACACACCAAAAUUAAAACUAAUUUCCUAACCUAUAUUUAACAAAAAAAAAUUAUAUUGUGUUAAAAUUUGAUAUCUAGUGUGCUAAUGUGUUUCCAAAUUCCAAUUCUAACACUUCAUGUAUAGAAGUAUGGUUUUUGUAUGCUGAAAAUACUUUUAUAAAACAUUUAGAUACUGACUCGAUUUGUAUAUCAUUUAAUGCUAGUUUGUAUACCUAUAUUAUAUUUUAUUGUAGCUUUUAAUCAAAUGUUUUAUAGUUAAUACUUCUAGGCUGAAUCUAUUUGAAAAUAAUGAAAAAUGAUAAGAAUACAAUAUUGGUGAUUAUGGCCUAUUUCUAACCUUAAAUAAUGGUAUUAACCAAUAUGUUCCAACUGAAUAACAAAAAGUAUUCCUAAACUAUAUCAAUCUGCUGGAUUAGCAGAUUGAUUUAGGAAUAUACAGAUAGGUUAGGUUAGGUUAGGUUAGGUUAGAAAAUAAUCAAUCUUUUCAAAAUAAUUAAAGUACUAGCUCUACAUUAUGAUGAGAAGAGAUGAUAACAAGACUACAAGAGUCAAUUCAGCUCUUUUACUUUUUUUGUUUAUCUUACCUCUAAAUGUUAUUCAAUUUAUUAUAACAUUUAUGUUAUAUUUAUAAAAUUUUAUGUUCCCUAAUUAACUUAAAAAUUGUAGAAUGAUUAGUUAGCCAAAACUACUAAAUUAAUCACCUAAAAUUUGGCUUACUUUUGUAUUUCUCAUUCUAAAACAUUCGAUCCACUUACAAAAACUAUCAACUUUAAUUAAUAAUUUAUGAACUUUAUUCCACAGAUCCAUUUAAUUUCCAAUGGUAUAUACUUUUUAACUUUUUUUCUUAUCAUUUUAAUUACAUUGUUUUAAUCGUUUUGAUAAAUUUGUCUAUUUUUAAAUCAAUAUUAGGACUAAAUUUAAUACCUUGUCACUAUUUUUGAAUACUACCCUAACUAUGCUCAAUUUGUGCAUUAUUUAUCAUAUUAUUUUCUAUUUUAUACAUUCUGCAUCAUUUUGAUCAUAUCCAAAUUAUUUUAUUUUUCAUUAAAUUGUAGAAGGGAGCUACAAUAGACUCCGGACUCAGGGUAAAACUUUAAUAACAGUUAUUAAGACCAGAAAAAAUACUAAUUAAGUAUUAGAGUCACAUAAUUAGACAUUACUCUGCAUUUCUUAUGGCAUCCAUUAAUGAAAAUAAGGGUGACAAAAAAAUUGAAAUGUAUUAUUUUAGAGCUGCUUGUUUGAUAAAAAAAAAAUAAUAAAACAAAAUGUAAUGUAAUUUUGAGAGAGGGGUGCAAUUUUUAAAAAAUCUUAUUCCAUUUAUUUGUUUUAUUGAAUGUUUUAGAUAUCAUUAUUAUUAUUAUUUUAAAUUCAGAGUACAAUAAAAGAUCUUUUGUUUGUACUAUGAUUUGUGUUUUUUUUUCUGUUUUUUUUAACAACUUUUCUAUCAGAAAACCUCCUCUAAAAUAUGGACUAUAGCAACUUUUUUGAAAGUAAAUUUUCUCUAGUUGGUGCAUUAGGGAAAUCAUUUUUGAUUUUCCAAGAGAAAAUAAAGGAGAUUAUUAAAGUUACUCCACUUGUAGAACACUGUAUAUUAUCUAUGGUGGAACUGAAGACAAUAGAAAACGAGAGAAAUAUACAAUUAAUAAAAUGAUACAAAUAUAUUGGCCAUCUCACAAUGUGUAUAUAAAAAGUUCUUGGGGUAUAAAUUUUGAACCGAUAUCACAAACUAAUUUAUUUAUUUUAUACUAAUUUUCUUUUUAAGGGGAAAUGUAUACUAGUACAACCAAAUAAAUUCCUAACCAUUUCUUUGUCACAAGUUAUUAAAAAGCAUUAAAAUUUCCCAUAAGACAAUUUACCUCCAGAUUUUUUAUUUUCUGUUGUCACUAACUUUAAUGGUAAUAAUUUUUUGAUGAGACAGUUUUACCAUUAUUGGAAAGAUUUAAUGAGACUUUUUAUUAAUUUGUUGUAUUUGAUGACAUAUUAACUUAAGUUAACACUAAGUUAGUGUGUAAUAAAUAUAUAAUGCUCUUAAUAUCAUAUUGUAUAUUUUUAGAAUAAAACAAGUUAAAGAUGCUCAAGAACAAUAUAAAGAUGAUCUUCAUGAAAUGCAAAAACCAUUUGCAAGAUAUGCAGGUGAUCAAGAUCUCGAAGAAAUGUUAAAAUCUAGAAUAAGAGAUGGUGAUCCAAUGCUUCAGUAUAUUACAGGGAAUAGAGAAGAUGAUUCUCCUGAUGGUGUGAAACAUAGUAAGUUUUAUAAAAUUAUACUUAAUGUUUGUUUUUAAAUGAAGCUAUGAAUUUCAUUAAUAUUUUAAACCUUAACACACUAUUAUUCUUUCAAAAAACUUUUAUUAACUUUUAAAUUUUAUAUCUAAAAUUUUAUUUCUUUAAAUAAAUUUCAUUCCACAAUAGUGUGUCUUUUAAAUUUAGAUGAUAAUUAAUUAAUUAAUUUUGUUAUUUAGAAUUGUAAUAGGGUAACUUUAAAAUUACAUAACAUUAGAUUUCAUAUCAAAAUUAAAACAACAUUUAUCUUCUGUUCACAAAUCAGAUACUUAAAAUGUUAUUCAACCUGAUCAGAAAAAAAAUAAUAAUGAUACAAUACUAAAAUAAAUACAUAUUUUAUCUGGUAUGUCUACUAAAAGUACAUGCACAAUACUUCAGUUGAAUAUACAAGUAAACUUAUUGAACUUCAUUGUCAUUUAAAAUUAUUUUACAGUAUAUACUCCUAUAAUGAGCAAUUUAAUAAAUUUAACAAAUUAUUGUAAAUGUAACACUAAAUUUUAGCAUUUAGAUGGAUAUAUUAUUUUGUUAAAACAACCAAUUAAAUCAAAACAUUAUAUACUUAUGAUAAAUUAUUUUAAUAAUAGAAAAUAGAUGGUAAAUAUCUUUAUUAUUAUAAUCAUUGUAAUCUUUAAACAUUUUACAAUUUAUUAAUGUUUUAAAACUAUAGUAUAAAAAAAAUAUUAUUUUUUAGAAUUACCUGAGUUCAGAGGAGUAUGUCCACCUAAUAGAUUCAAUAUUCGUCCAGGACAUAGAUGGGAUGGAGUAAAUAGAUCAAAUGGUUAUGAAGAGAAACUGCUGUUACAGAUCAAUUCAAAAAAAGCAUUAGAAAGUGAAGCAUAUAAAUGGAGUUCUUCUGAUAUGUGAAUAAGUUAAAUUUAAAAUUAAGUGUUUAAUUUAUAUAAAAAAUUAAAUAAUGAAGACAUUUUAUGGUAAUUCUGGUAUUAUAUUUAAUAUAACUAUAAUAUUAUGAUAUAUUAUAAAACAUAUAAAACCUGAAAUUUAUUUUUAUUUUUGAACAUAAUAAAUUGGAAAAUGAGUUUGAUGUUAAUUUUUCAUAAAAAUCUCUAUGAAACUGUGAUUUUUAUUUUUAAAUAAAUAUUUAUAACAUCUAUUGAUAAUAUUUAUCAGUAUUUUAAUAAUUUAUAGUUUGUGGGUGGAAUACAAUUAUCAAAUAUUACAAAAAUGUUUAGUUCAUAAAAGAUCAUAUCCUAGAAGUAAUUAAAAUUAAUUGAUUGAAUAAGAAUACAUUAUUAACCAUAUUUUAAUGACAGAAAUUGUAAUUGUUAUGCUCAAGCAACCAAAAUAUAAAAAUGGAACCCUUAUUAUAUUGAUAAAAUUCUAUAGGAAGAUAUCUUAUGUGAAAUGACAUACAAUUGUAUAGUAAAAAACUUAUUUAACGUAUUUGUAUAUAUAUAUAAAACAAGAAUAAAAAUUAUUUUUUGUUGUGUGUUAUUUUAUUGGAAAGUUCUUUAAAAAUAUAACUACAGCUUCUAUGUGA